GAGGAGAGGCUGAAAUUGCUUGUUUUCCUGGUUGUUUGUUUAUAUAUAUAUUUUUUUUGUUUUGUUUUUUAUUAUCUUUUUUUCUGCUUCACUCCACCGCUGCUGUUCUGGUGGCUCUGCUCCGUGCAUGAAGAAGAGGAAAAAGGUUUUUAAUUUACUCAUUUCUUGGACUGGUCAUGGUGUCCAGUGCGAAGGUAUGGGAUCCCCCCCAUGCGGGUCUUACUCAGCCACAUCUGAGAGAACAACGCCUGGAUCCUUGCCUUACUCCCGUCUGCCACUCAUCCACUGCUGCUAAGGAUACUGCACUCCACCAAAGUCGGCAGCUGUCACCUUUGUCUUCCCCACCUCCAUCGUUGGUGACCCUCAGUGGCCAUCACCCAGUUCAACAACCGCCUGUCAGUUUGUACGCAGUGAAUAGGACUGAUCCACUAAAUAAACCUGCCCACAGUCUUGGUGUGGUCUCUCAAUCUGAGGAGGAGGAGGAAGAGAACACCGAGCAGUUAAACAUGAAGGGAAAAAGACUUGGAUAUCGUAUAGAGACAACACUGGAUGACAAGCUGGAGGAUAUGGAUGAUGGACCUAAAAACGCAAAAAUCACCCUAAGCUUCCCACUUGGUGCCGCCCCACUCCCUUCGUCAAUGACCUCACCAGACCGAUGUCAGAGCUCUUCCUCAUCCUCCCCUUCCCCCCAACGGCGGCGUCUAUCAUCCAAGAGCUCAGACAGAGGGUCGCUGUGGAAACUGGACGCCACCAUGGAUGUAAAACACAGACCUUUUAAGCCGGCAAGACAUGACAGCUCUCCGUCCUCCUCUCCCUCCUCUUCCUCCUCUUCAAUGGCUCCAUUUAUCAGAAAGGAUCUUAAAUCUCCACCUCCUCUGAAGUGCUCCAAACUCAGUCCAGAGAGUCAGAUUCACAAGUCACCUCCAAGAGCUUCCAGUGGGACUUUAGGAGGCUGUUUUAGUGGAGACGGGUGGGAUGAAAGGCACAGAAUGACAAAUGGAACAGCUUCACCCUCUCAGACUGCUCAGAUUCUCUUCAGUCUUGGCACGUCAGCCUAUCAGAGGGGUGUGGAUGCAGACAGGAGAGAGAAACUUACAGGAAGGACAGCUGGAAAAACAGGGAGCCCUCACAGACCAAGUCUUCACCCACCCACCCUUCACCUUCCUCCACCCUUACCUCCACCACCUCCCCCGCCUUCUGAGGGUCUAACCGCACCCCCUCACUCAUCCUCCUACCCCCCUUCGGACAGCAUGAAGCCAGAGCUGAUUUGUGGCGUGUGCCAUCGGCUUUUCAGCUCAGCGUCCUCCCUCACGGUCCACAUGCGGCUGCAUCGUGGCAGCCGCGCCCUCAGCUGUCGCUACUGUGGCAAAGCUUUCAUCCACAGCAAGAGACUGCAAUCCCACGAGGCGUCCUGCAGGAUGCCAGGCCUGGGUCCUCCCUCCCUUACCGUACAGCCAAAAGAGGAGCCGUUGGAGGAAGGUGAGGUAAGGGUGGAAGGGGGAGUGAUAGUGGGACAGACAGACAUCAGCAAAGGGCGGCCUGGGAAGAAAGUGCGGAACCUCCUGGCCCGUAUCCAAGCUGGUGAUGCAGCAGCCUCAGAGCUGCUGGCGGGAGAUGAGAACCAUUUUGUGAAGGUUGUGGACGGCAACGUGAUCUACUUCUGCUCUGUGUGCGAGCGUUCCUAUAUGACCCUAUCCAGCCUGAAGCGUCAUUCUAAUGUGCACUCAUGGCGGCGCAAAUAUCCUUGCCACUACUGCGACAAGGUCUUUGCCCUGGCGGAGUAUCGCACAAAACAUGAGGUGUGGCACACAGGAGAGCGCAGAUACCAGUGCAUCUUCUGCUGGGAUGCCUUUGCCACCUACUACAAUCUCAAGACACACCAGAAGACCAUUCAUGGGAUUAAUCCAAGCCUUAUAUCCAGUGAAAAGACCGCAAAUGGGGGUUAUAAGCAGAGAGCAAAUGCCCUCAAGCUCUACCGCCUUCUCCCCAUGCGCUCCCAGAAAAGACCUUACAAGACCUAUAGUGACAGCUUACAUAAUGGCCUCCUACUUCCACCAGCUGACACCCCCUCCCUCUCCCUGCCUGGCCUUGGCUGUGCUUUGGGCCCAGGGGACCUGCAGAGCAUCAUUGCAGGAGCCCCCCCUCAGAGUUUGAAGCCUGAUCCAGAUGCUUUCCCUGAUGGCUUUCCAAUUUCUCUUGCUGCUGGGCACACAGAUGUAUCUGAGCUUGCACUUGAGCCCCAAGUUAGAACACAUAAAAGUGAGUCUCUAGAGUUAGAGCAGGAGAGAGGUAGUUUCAAAGUGUCAAAUAGCAACAAGCUCAAAACCUUUAAAGUUGAUAGAGGCACAGAAACAAGCAUGCCCUCUGUUAUAACAUAUGGACAUACUAAACCGUCUGUCAUAGUUCAUGGAGCAGCUGUGUCAUCCUCAGUCAUUGUGCAUAGCAAUCAGGUUACUUCUGGAAGUGAGAAGAGCCCUGUGACCAGCCCAUCCCCUGAAACAAGUAGCAGCCAGAUUUUAGGCAAGGGAAGUCCCAAAAAAAACAAAAAGCAAAAAGAUAAUACAGAUAAUCAUAGAAAAAGGUCAAGAGACAGUUCAGAUGCAUUUGAUCAGGGCUCAAAAAGCAGACUAGACACUGAGACAGGCAAGGCAUUUCACAAAUCUCGCAAAUCACACAAUAAGGGUGCAAUCUCAAAGGUGAUAUCAGCAUCUGGAGGCUCACAGGCCAAAGAAUCAGGGCCAUUAUGCCAGAUAACUGUACGCAUUGGUGAGGAGGCCAUAGUGAAGCGCAGCAUCUCUGAAACUGAUCUUAAAAGAGAUAAAAGCCUUUCUCCUCCAAAAAUCAAACGAAGUGAAACGUCAUCUGUCAAGGAGCCACGCCAAACCCACUCACACCACCAUCACCAUAAACACCACUCAUUGAGUAGAGCCAGCCUGGAAGGAGACAGGAGAGAGAAAGCAGGAGACGAUGAGGAGGACCAGGAGGAGAUGGAGGAGCAGGAAGUCAGAAAUAAAAGGCCCAAAUCCCCUGAUCAGGUGAGGGAGUACUUCUUCCGUAAGGGGGUGCGGGAGCAGGACAGUGACAAUGAUAUAGAGGAUAAUUUAUGGCGACCUUACUACUCUUACAAGCCUAAGAAGAAGGCCCAAGCACAUCUACAGAGAGUAAAGAACUGGCAAAGGAAACUCAAGUACAAGCGCUCCAUUCGACUCAAGAGGAGAGCAGAGAGGCUGAAGAGACUUCUGAAUAAACAAACGGAGAAAUCACAAGAUGAGGGAGAGGACAGGACCACUGAGGAGGCUGAGAAACUGUCCAAACUUAACAAGGAAAGUGAAGAGGAAAUAAAGAAAUGUAAUCUUUCUUCCUCUUUAAAGGAGAAAAAACAGGAUGUAGAGGAACAGGUUCAAGAGGCCUGUCACAAGGUUUCAACCCCCCCUAUCCCUGCUCCAAAGCCCCCUCUGUCUACCUCAGUGGCUCCCACAGGAAUAAAGAGGAGGCCUUGGACUAAUGGGAAUGCAGCAGAGUGUGGCACAUGUGGCCGCUGGUUCUCAAGCCCCAGGAAGCGAGACAAACACGAGCUGAGCCAUCUGCUUGAGUUUGUAUGCCUCUUCUGUCGGGCCACUUUCCCCUCAAGGGAAAAAUUGGAAGACCACCAGAAAGCCCAACAUCCUAAGCCCACUGAGGCUCCCUCUGUGGCCACAAAAUGUGGUGAACAAGUGACAGGCAUUGGUAUUAAAUCUGUGCCUGAGCUCUCAAAGUUUGGUGAAGAUAAAGAGGGACAGCUUGGACUUGGGGGUAGUAGUUUUAGUCCGAGUCGUUUGAGCAGAAGAGCCUUAUCAAGACAUACCUGUCCACAGUGCCAUAAAGUGUGCAAGACAUCAUCGGCACUAAGUCGCCAUAUGAGACGUCAUGACUUAAGUAGUUCUCCUGAAAGAGAAAAAGAAGAUAACAAUUUAGAGGCAACCCCCUCUAAAGCAAUUGCUGAACCUCUUUGCACAGAUCCUGGUACCGAUAAAGGACAAACUCCCAAUUCUCUUUCUGUUUCAGUUAUCAACUAUUCUCCAGCAGAGCUGCCGAGUAAUGGCGACUGUUUGACAUCACAGCAGCAUGAUGAACAUCUGAGUGAACCUAAAGACAAAUUCCUGAAACCAGAAACCAGUGAAGAUCCUGAACUGACACAACCUGCACUUAUUUCUCCAGAGAUAGCUCCAGUACAACAAACUGAAGAUCCUCCAUUAGAAAGUCAAAUUAACCUCACACCCAUAAAACCUGAUGUCCCACCUCCUGCACCCUCCUCUCUCCAGAGUGUGCUUGUCAUGAACGGACCAGACUGUCUUGACUACCGCACGGCAAUUAAAAAGAGCCUAGAUGGUCAGAUCCACAGAAUAGCCAGCCCUUUGCACUUUGUGACAUCUCCCAACACCUCCCCAAAUGUGCCUAUGACAUCACAGACCAGAAUAACCACUCCUGCUCCUCCUGUUUCCAUGACAACAGCUGCCAACUCAGAGGGGGGAUUCACCAGACGGGAUGGGGUCAUUAUUGACAGAGAGAGGCAGAGUGUGAGCGGUACAAUUUUACACACAGGUUACAAAGAACCACCGCAGCUCCAAAAUCUUAGAGUCCACUCCCUGUCCCGGAGUCCCUCGCCCAAUGAAGCACAAGACCUGACCAUGUCCUCUAUUUUAGCUCGGGAGAGGGAGAUUGAAAGGCAAAGGGUGGCAGAAGAAGAGCUAGAGAGACAGAGGGAACAAAAGAGAAACAUGGAGAUUGAGCAAGAGAGAAUCAGUAGAGUUGCUCAUCCUUCACAGGAGCAAACUUCUCUCAUUGUCCCUAAAGAGGAGCCUCUGAGCCCUGUAGCAUCACCCCAACAUAUGUCUACCCCAACCACUAUAAAUGGAGCCUGUUCACGCAGGCAAACUCCCAAGUCGCCUUGCCGGCCCCCUUCAACUACUGGACUGAUGGCUCAGGCCAGCCGGCAGGUUCAUCCCAGUUCGCAAGCACUCGACAGGCUGACCCUGCCCACAGGAGCAACUGACCGUCCUUCUGCACAUGCGUUGCUUCUUCCCCGAGCCUCCCAGCAGCCUGAGCCAGAUCAUCAGGACACUUUUUUUGCCAGAGAUUCACAGCAGGGAGACACCACCCCAGCUGACUACCCCGCCCAGGAUUAUCCCCUUCCCCUCAUUGUGCCUGACAGCUACAGAUCUGUUAAGAAGCAGGAAGACAACCUGCUCAUGUCCACUUAUCCACCUGGAGCUUUGCCCUUUGGCCCUCUGGGGAAAGUCAUAGUUCCUGAUCGAGGUGACCUGGGCAAGCUGCCCUUUUAUCCGGACCCUUACCAGCUGCUCUACGGGCCCCAGCUAUUAGCCUACCCCUAUAACUUGGCAGCACUUCCAGUGACUCUGAAUAUGAUGGCUCCAGGUGGGGAUAAGGUGGAGCCUCUACCCUUCCUCCCCACCAUCUUCAACUACGCAGCCACUGCUGGACCGUACAUGGGUGCAGCACCUCACCCGCUCGUUGCAAAUCCUGGCCUCUACAGAAGCAGCGGCAGUGGAAAAAAGCAGAGAGAUGGAAGCGGCAGUAAACAAUAAGAUACAAAUGCACUAUAAGGUGUACAGCUCAGAGAGGACAACCUUUUGGUUUUUAGCUGUGAAGGGAAGGGGGACCAUGCUGACUGGCACACUUUAUUCUACAAAGAGCAGAGUUAAGCAUCACAAAACUAUGUGUAGAGGGCAGGAGACGGAGUUAAAAAACAGGGUGGGUAGGCCAAAUUUAAGGUGAUGUGUCACCCCUCCAUCUAUUUUAUUGUUGCUACUCUACAUCUCCUGUUCUCUUGUAGGGUGUGACGUUCUGGAGCUUGAUUCAUUUUCCGCUAUGACUCUUAUUAUAUCUAUAUUAUAGAAAUACAAACUGCUAACAGGGUGUUUGUUGCUUGGAGAAUUAGUCCAGUUUUCUUCCCUUUAUAGUCGCCACUAUACGAGGAUCUUCAGGGAAGGCAUUGUAUGGGUCCGGAUAGGGCAUGAGACUCAAAACAGCCGGAGCACUAAGAGGCUCUGCGUAUUUUUGUACGAGGGAGCGGGAAAUGCAGGGUUAUCCUGCUGUCAUACUGUCCAUGAAAGCUGUACCCAAGCAUGUACACGCGUAUAUACAUAGGACAGUUUGUGCAUGCAGUGUUUGGAUGAAGCAGGUAUGAGUGUGCGUGCAUUUCGGAGUACUUGUGGAUUAUUGAAUCUAGACCAUUCCAUGUGAGAAUCUCACAGCAUUCCUACUCUUGUUAGGAUAGCUACUGUAGGUCAGUGUGUAGAAGUGCUUUUAGAAAAGAUUCCUCAUAUCCAAAUCGUUUGAAAGUCAAAAGAAUGGUUGGGUGGGAAUGGAUGAAAGUAAGAGUUUGUCUGACCUUCUUAAAGGGACAGUUUGGGAUUUUUGAAACAGGGUUCUCUUUAAAGGUUAUAAGCUGUUAAUAUCUUACCUGCAGUAGACAUCUCUAAGUAUCUUCAUUCAUAUAAAUUUAGAUUAGUUGAAAUAUUGAAGCUGAAGCUAAAACAGUUGAUUGUGGGGGGCCCAUGACCAAAUAAAUUUUUUUUCUGUCCUAAUAAACGUUUCAGUUUCAGUCAAAACGCAGAAAUUUUCUGACCUUUCAAUCUGGCAAUUCUCAAACCUCCAAUUCCAGUUUUUAUGUAAAAAUCUUUUUUUUUUUUUUUUUUUUUUUUUUACUGCUUUCAUGUUUGCAUUGGGUUCAUUUCUUUUCGCUUGUUAUUAUCUAUUUAUUUUAUCUGAACAUAAGGCGCCUAAAAUAAUUUUUUGACAAAAAGGGUUCACUGAAAGUACUUUUUUUUUUUUUUUUUUACUUUUUACACUAGGUUACUUUAUUUUAAACAUUUACUUUUAAAAGCAAAUGCUUUACAUGCUUUGCUCUUAGAAUGUGUUUCACAGGAAGAUCACUGUUGGCGGACUUCUUGCUACCGACAUUUCCUGUGUGAAUAAAGAUCAACUUCUUCGUCUUCAACCAUCUAAAGUAAUGCACAUGUGAUGACAACCUAAAUGUUCAUCAAGGGCUGUUCAUGAGCAUCGCUUUGACGAUCCUCAGAAUUCAGUAUUCUUUGCAUAAUAGAAGUCAGCUUUAGCCCCAUAGGUUUGCCGAUAGCUUCAGGCUCUGGUAACAAUUAAUCUGCAUAUGUACUAAAUGAAGACAAAUGAGAGUUGUAUGCUGCAUAAGAUGAUUUCCACUUAUGACCUUUUUUAAAAUCCUGAACUAUCCUUCCAAAUGUCAACAAACCUGAUGAUUUUGUGACAAGUUGGCACUGUAGGAUCUGUAUAGCAUUUGCAAUAGUUUAUAUUUUAUGUGCACAAAAUAGACACGUAGUGGUCACUUAAAGGAGACAUAUGUAGCUGCUUUGGAAAUGUAGCUGGCCACUGGGUGAAAACAAAAAAAUAAAGGCUGGUAGACCAUUGCACUUCCAUUUUUUUUCAUCUCAUUUCUUUGAAUUGUGUAUUAAAAAAGGAAAGAAUAAAGACCAGUCAGCCUUUGUAUUAUGUAGUUUGUUUCCUCUUGCUUCAAAAGAGGAAAAGGCCCAAUCAUCACAACAAGGAAGGAUUUCAUGCAUUCUUAUUUCUUUAUAGGAAGACAAAAGUGUAUGGGCACAAAGCAGUUAGGCUCUGAAUCAGAAGGAUCAACAAGAAAUGAUGCUGGGGAAUUAAAUACCAAAUCCUCAAUGUCGGAGGGUAGAUUGGGAAAAGGUCUGAUCUAGAUCCUGUGUCAUUUGUUAGGGUACAAAAAGGACGGGCUUAGCAGCCAAGGGGGUGGGUCAAAACUCUCCUGAAGCCCUCCAGGGGCCUUUUUGUUACGUGUAAAAUUAUCUAUAUGUUUGUUUUGUUAAAUAUGUUGUUUUUGUUGUUUAGCCCUCUUACCAGAUGGAAGCGGUUUGAGUGAAAGAAGGGAGAAAUGGAAGGGGGGGGUCUUGAAUGUAAAUUUAGUCACGAGGUUAAUGAAGUACAGCUGCAUUAAUGGUAGAGUUGGUUUCAGUUCCUUUUUUUUCUUUUUUAUUUUGACACAAGUAACCUGUUAAAGAACCGUAUAACGUCUGGUAUGCAUAUAUACAGUAGUCCUAGGAACAUGUCAGUAAACUUUGGGUUUGUUAUCCACACCGCAUGAGCAACACUCGCUUCCGAACUCUUUAUAUCCUCAACAAAUUGGCUUUGUGUGCACAGCUUUUCUUAACUUUUUUAUUUAUUUUUUUUAGGCUUUUAUUUUCUUUGUUCUUCUUCCAUAUCUCUGUCAAACUUUACACUACACUUUGAAAGAUGGAAAAGUAGCCCUUUUAGAAGUUUUUUAAUUGCCCCGCCCCGUCUUUGCACACAUUCUAGCUCGCUGCACCUCCUCUGAAUGAACUACGUGUACUUUGGUGUGUGUGCGUGCACUUAUGCAUUUAUCGGUUCUGACUAAAAGUGUUAAAAAAACACAAUGUGGCCGACUAAAAGGGAGCAUCACAGAUCCCCUCUAGUGUGGCUCGAGCCUUUUUUUAUGAGUUGGAGAGAGAGCGUGUGACUGUGCAAAUAAGAAAACCAAAAUAAAUCUGCCUAAGCAGCGAAUCCCUUGGCAGUUUAUCAGCCACCUGUUUCUGUAUUUUGUUGUUAUUAUAUUUCUUUUGGACUCCUCUGUGAGUUAGUUUCAUUGUAAAAUAUACA